CUCCCCUGGAGUCAUCGGCGCUUCCCUUCCUGAAACAAAUAACACCCUGGCAACCAAGAGACUUUCAAUCCUGUUACGCACAUCUUAAUACUUAACCAUUAACAUUGUACCGGAAGCUAUCAUAGAGCGAACACCACCCUCCUGGGGAAGCAUCAUCGUCCCCGCCCACCGAAUUGAACUAGACCGCAGACAAGGCAUUUAAGCCUCCUUCAGACGACGUAGUAUCUCCAAAUCGUCAAGCCUACCAAUAUAUCUGCUUGCCUCAAGAGUGCGGAGUCCCAGGCGCCUGUGGAGUGGAGGACUUAACCACCUGAGCCUGGUCCGUACGUGUAGAAGCUUGGUCGCUUGCUGCUUCUCAACGACGCCAAGGCCAUGAGUGAGGAAGUACGUACCAAUAAGCGGCGGCGUAGCGAGUCUGAAGAGCCCGAGGAGGAGGCCGGAGAUGGCUCAGGUGUUGAUGCCGUUGGGGCUGGCGUGCCAGCGCCUGAGACUCUCGAUGCUGGCGUUGUGCAACGUAUACCUGACAACACAACCGGAGAGGAGCAUGGCGACGGGUCCGAUCAGGCUGCGGCUGACGCUGCGGCCGCUGCUGUGGAGCAACCCAAGUUGACUGCCAUGCCGGCCGCGCCUCUUCCAGUGCAAAUGGCACACGUUCCGCAUGUGCAGCCGCGCGUGGAGGAGAGGCAACCUAUCGAGAACUACUACAAGACCGAGCAAUCCGCCAUCGAUGCCAACGAGUAUGCCAAGGUCGGCGGAACUAUUGGCGGUAUGGGCAUCAGCGCUGCGGGCAUGACCGCCGCGGGCAUGACCGCCGCAGGCAUGACCGCCGCGGGCAUGACCGCCGCGGGCCUUGGCGGUCUCCCUGGCAUGGGUGGCUCAUUUGGCCAAAGCCUGGUACUUGGUGUCGAUUUGAACCAGCAAAUCCUUGCCGCUCAGCAACGUCAGUAUGAGAUGGUCAAGGCUCAGAUGAACAGCAACGCUGCGGCUGCCGCCGCUGCUGCCGCUGCACGCGCUGCUCCUAAGCCCCCUGCUGUCACUGGCCGCAAGUCGGCUCCGUCCGCUUACGAGCCUCCAGUCCAGUUGACUGCGAGUGGCCGUCCGGCGCGCGCUCGUCGCGUCAACUACGCGGAGCUGGCUGGCGCAAUGGAUGACGAAGAGGAGGAUGAUCAGUCCAACCUGGUGCCCAACUGGGCUCGCCGGCGGCGGAAGACCGCGGACCAGGACCGUGACUACGGCGUUGGCGUCGGCAGCUCUCGUGGAGGCGGUGUGCAGGCCAGCAAUGCCGGCGCCAAUGCUGCCAUGUACGGCAUGGCUGGCGCUGGCGGAUACAACGCCGCGCCGCGUGCCGCCGCGCCUGCCGCUGGUGUGAACCUCUACGGCCUGGCUGGCCAAGGAGCCGCUGGCCUGCGCAACGCUGUCGGCGGGGCUGCUGGCGGUCUCCAGGCUGCCAACCUUGCUGCCAACGCCUUGGCAGGUCAGGCUGGUUGGCAAGGCCAGGUUAUGUGGAACCAGGCGCAAGGCAUGGGAGGACCCUACGGCGCGCUGCAAUCACUUGCUGCGGCUCAGGCGCGGCCUCAGGUUGCCGCGGCACAGCAGUACCUCCUCCAGCCCGGCGCUGCUCGCGGCGUGGCGCCCAACAUUAUGCAGGACAUGCAGCUGAUGUUGGGCCGCGGUGCUGAUGGUCAGGGUGGUGUGCCGGGUGCGGGGCAGCAGCGGUAGAUGACUUUCUUGCACAGCUGGGAUGGACAUCACGUAUUGAACUACGCGGCGAUUGACAUUGUUGUCCUACACUACGGUUCCAGGGGGGAUCUCGACUUUCCGGGGGGAUCAGCCUGUUGUACGCUUUCAUAGUGGCCCAAGAUGCUUUUGACCGUUUAUAUGAACUGUUUGAAGUCCCUAAUUGACAUGACGAGCUGGGCGUUUGGUGCUUCAAUAGCACGUGCUAAUAGUUUGGGUUGCCUGCAGAUAUUGUUUUUUCUCUGCAGUGCUGAAUGGACCUCCCGACAAAUCGGACCACACACAAGGAGAAUGAAUUGCUCUGCCCCCAACUGGGAUGAAUACUCUAGACUGUUGACGGCUCUACUUCUAUUGGGCCUGUAUAUGUAACGCAUACAGCAAUCA